CGGAAGUCAAGCGCUCUCUCCCGGAAGUCAGGCGGCUUCUCCCGGAAGUCAGACAGCCUCUACUUCCCCUCCGCUACGGCUCCACCUGUUUGGGAGAGCAGUGCAUGCCAUGGCGCGGGUUAGCGAUGAGUUCUGCUUUGACCCCAUAGACAGAGGUCUUGCCUUAAGAUCAGUGAAUUCUUCUCGGUCAGCAUAUGCGUAUGUCUUCUUCUCAUCCAUGUUUUUUCAACAUUACUGCUGCACAGCUGCGCCUCAACCCUGUCAGAAAGAAAAGCAGUUGUCACUUGCAUGUAAAUUGAUCAUUAAGUCAGUUCUUCCUAUAUUCAGAUGUGUAAACGUGCUGGAAAGGCACGUGGAGAAAUGCAGCAUUUACACAAAUGCUAAAGAUCACCACAUAACUUUUCAGCUCCUCUGCAGAAAUGGUAUUGUAAAAACACAUAAUCUGGCUUUUCAAGAAUGUGACCCAUUGCAGGCUGUUUUUGCAAAGCACAUGUGUCCAAAUGUCCUCAGAGCCCACUCCAGGCUGCUGACUGAUGUAAUGGUUCACUUUCCAACGAGUCAAGAAGAAGUCACCUUAUCGGUUACUCCAACGAGGGCUUGCUUCAAGAGUUACACUGAGGAAGACACUGACUUUUCAAAGACAAUGGUCACCGAAAUACAGCUGAGUCCAGAUGAGUUUGACUACUUUCAAGUUGGAGUCGAUUCUGAAGUGACGUUCUGCCUUAGAGAACUGAGGGGACUGCUGGCGUUUUCAGAAGCCACCAGUGUUCCUGUCUCCAUCCACUUGGACAUGCCUGGGAAACCAGUUGCUUUCAGCAUUGAAGACACAGUGCUGGAAGCCAGCUUUAUUUUGGCUACGCUGUCUGACAUCAGAAGUGAGAUGGCUUCCCAGGAGACUGCGUGCUUCUCACAGAUGCAGGAAAGCUCAAAGCCACUUGUGGACAAAUGCUUUGAUAAGGAUGGCAGCGCUGAAGCAGUUGCUUCCAAAAAGCCGCGAUGGAACGGGCAGGCACAGAACACAGGGUCAGGGGCACCUGCAAGUCCCUUGGCAAAACAGGUCAAAAGUGUUCCCCCAGUCUCAUACAGAGGUACUGCAGGCACAGGAGGAACAGCAGUAACAAAGACAGAUGACCAAGCAGUGCUGGAAGCAGAGUCUCCUUAUCACAAGUUUCAUUCGUUGUUCUUUGGAGCAGUCUCUUCUAAGGAGAAGGACGCCGUCAGUCAUGCCUUCCACAGUUUAGCAACAGCUAGUGACACAGAAGAGGAUUUUGGCAAGACGCAGAGCUCACAAGUUCUCCAGUAAGGUGGAAUGAAUGAAUCUCAGACUAUCGUGGGCUGCCCUGAAAGUUAAGCAUGUAUUUGGCACGUAGAGCUGUUUUUAGCUUUAGAACAAAGUUUAAUUCUAUUAUGAAAGUAUCCUAAACUUCUUAGGCGAGUUAGAACUUAAUGGAAACUCACUGCACCUGUAUUCUGAUCAUUCUAAAAGGAGGAUGCUGUCCUAACACAAAGUUAGGUCAUUUAGUUUUGUAUAUCCUGCUGAUACACUGCUUUGUAUGUCCAGCUCUUCAGUCUCACAAGAGAAGUCAGCUGUGUCAGAGCUUCAGACAAACAAAGCUGCUCUUGUACAGCUACAAGCACUGCAAUAAACCACCCGCUCCAGUACAGCCAAAUUACUGCUUGUAUGGUUGUUGGUAUUACGGCAGAAGCUUGUAGAACCAGUGCUUAGCUUAGUGCAAGAAAGUUGGCAUAAAAAUGUGUUUAAAAAAUAAAAGUGAUGCAAUAACCAAUUUGAAGCCUGGGUUUAAGGGUUCUGGUGUUUCAGGUUAGAAUGUUCUUUUCCUUUCCCUCAUCACUUGCACUGAGUCA